GCGCGGCCGGCGGGGAGAUGGGCGAGCCCGGGUCCGAGGUGAUGGGAUCCGCCCCCGCGGCGACGCCGAGCGCGGAGGACGCCGAGGAUGACAUUCAGUUCGUGAGUGAAGGACCAUUAAGACCUGUUCUUGAAUACAUUGAUCUGGUUAGCAGUGAUGAUGAAGAACCUAGCACCUCUCAUAGUGAUAAUAACGUUAAACCUAAAGACCAUGUUGACCAUCAGAAGGACAAAGUGGCCUUAACUCUGGCUCGUCUAGCCCGCCAUGUCGAAGUGGAGAAACAGCAGAAAGAAGAGAAGAACAGAGCAUUCCGGGAAACUAUUGAUUUUCAGCAUGCUCAUGGAUUACAAGAAUUGGAAUUUAUUCGAGGACAUUCUGACACAGAAGCAGCAAGACUGUGUGUGGACCAGUGGCUAAAGAUGUCAGGAAUAAAAACAACUGCUCUGAAUUCUGGAGCCAGAAGCUCAUUCCGAAGAGGAGGCCCAAUGCGGGUGUCCGAGAGACCUAUUUCGUGUCCCAUAAUGCACUGUAACAAGGAGUUUGAUAACGGACACCUUCUCUUAGGACAUUUGAAAAGGUUUGAUCACUCUCCUUGUGAUCCAACAAUUACACUUCAUGGACCGUUCUUUAGUUCCUUUGUUUGUGUAGUAUGUAAUAAAAAAUUCGUUACUCAACAGCAAUAUCGGGAUCACCUGUUGGCUCCGGAAGCUGCAAAUGACGGACAUAAAAACAACCUGCUUCCUCAGAUUGUUCAGUGUUUUGCGUGCCCAACUUGCUUUCUUCUUUUUAGCAGCAAUGAUGAGUGCUUGAAGCAUAUGUCUGGAAAGAAUCAUUUUCAUCAGAGUUUUCAGCUGGGUGAUAACAGGGGCAUGGCACAUCCAGUAUCAUUUCCAUCUUUUGCCAAAAAGCUUUUGAUCUCCCUGUGCAAAGACGUCUCAUUCCAAGUGAAGUGUGUUGCCUGCCACCAGACGUUGUGUUCCCACAUGGAGCUCACGGCCCAUUUCAGAGUUCGUUGUCGAAAUGCUGGUCCUGUAGCUAUUGCUGAGAAGAGCAUCGUCCAGGUCGUGGAGAAAUUUAUCUUUAGAGGUUAUUGUCCAGAUUGCAACCAAGUCUUUGUGGACGAAACCAGCACCCAGAGUCACAAGCAGAAUUCAGGACACAGCAUCCGCGUUAUUAACUCGGUGGAAGAAUCCAUCUUACUUUACUGCCACAGCCACGAAGGGAAUAACUCUCCUUCAGGCUUGCACCCGUCGCUCGGGCGAUCGAAAUUUUCAUCACUUAAAAGAGCGAUGCCUGUUCAGGAUUUUAACGCGCAGGACGGUAGCGGCAUUCCGAGGAAGAAGAUGAAUCUGGACGACAAGAGCCAGGUCGGUCCGCUUUGUGCCCAGAAGGAGAAAUCAGUCGUUCAGACUUGGUUCUGUGAGUGUAACCAACGAUUCCCCAGUGAAGAGGCAGUCGAAAAGCAUGUUUUCUCGGCAAACACAAUGUGCUACAAAUGUGUGGUCUGCGGGAAGGUGUGCGAAGAUUCCGGGGUCAUCCGUUUGCACAUGAGCCGGUUUCACGGAGGGGCGCACUUGAACAACUUUCAUUUUUGGUGUCGGACGUGCAAAAGGGAGUUAAUGAGGAAGGACACGAUCAUGGCUCACGUGACAGAAUUUCACAGCGGACACAGAUAUUUUUAUGAGACAGACGAGGUCGAGAGUGAAACGGUGCCCUCCUCCUCUGCGCCGUGGGCGAGCCACACGACCGAUGACAAUUCCAUUUCCGUCAUCACCAUCGCCGAUCAGUCCCCCGGGAACAGCCCUCCCAGAGGUAGGUGGCAGUGCCGCAUCUGUGAGGACAUGUUCGAGUCCCAGGAGAGUGUGAGACAGCACUGCGCGUCCUUGGCGAGUCACCAGUUCCACCGGUACAGCUGCGCCCACUGCAGGAAGACUUUCCACAAGAGAGAGACCCUGUGUCGGCAUUGCCAGGACGAGCACGAUAACGACAUAAAGAUCAAGUCUUUCUGUGGCCUCUGCGACCUCCUCUUUAACGUGGAAGACGCCUUCCUGAGCCACUAUCAGAAGUGCCACAGUGCCGACUACGUCUUCGUGCCCGAAAAAAUGGAGACGUCCAUCAAGACGGAGAGUGAUUUUUCGGUCGUGGAGAGCAGCCAGCGGUUAAGCUGCGGGUGCCACGAGACCUACGUCUGCAAAGGGAACCGCAGGGAAGAUCACGGUCGGUGCCUGCAGACCCUGCUGGAAACGGGGAAGCUGUGGUUUCGCUGCAGCGCCUGCCCGGCCACGGCCCAGAGCGUCGUCGACAUGAACACGCACGUCCACCAGGCGCACGCGGGAGGCGCACGCGAGGCGGAGGAGCAGAGGUACGUCCUCAAGUGCGGCACCUGCACGAAGUCGUUCCACGAUCCCGACAGCGCCCAGCAGCACUUCCACAAGAAGCACUGCUUCCUCCAGGAGCCCGGCCUGCCUCCUUUCGGGGCUGAGAAAACCAGCCCGUACAAGUUUGCUGCCGGGGGCUCGCGCCCAGAGAGAAAGCCAAAACCCACGGCGAACCACCCGAAGCAUGCGGACGCGGAGCAGGGGACCGAGAAUGACUCCAGCGCUCAGAAUAUAGAUGAAGAAGUUGAGCUCCCAGAUUUGGAUUACCUGCGAACCAUGACUCAUAUAGUCUUUGUAGAUUUUGAUAACUGGUCGAACUUCUUUGGUCAUCUCCCAGGACAUCUUAACCAAGGAACAUUUAUUUGGGGCUUUCAAGGAGGAAAUACUAACUGGAAGCCUCCACUAAACUGUAAGAUCUAUAAUUACCUGAACAGGAUUGGCUGCUUCUUCCUUCACCCUCGCUGUAGUAAAAGAAAAGACGCUGCUGACUUUGCUAUAUGCAUGCACGCUGGCCGUUUAGAUGAACAGCUGCCGAAGCAAAUUCCUUUCACCAUCCUCUCAGGAGAUCAAGGUUUUCUGGAGCUGGAGAAUCAGUUUAAGAAAACUCAGCGGCCAGCACAUAUCCUGAACCCUCACCACCUAGAGGGAGACAUGAUGUGUGCCUUGUUGAAUAGCAUAUCUGACACCACCAAAGAAUGUGACAGUGAUGAUAACCUGGGUAUCAAAAACACUUCGGUAGGCGAAGAAUUCAUGUCCACAGAAGAUGUGGAGUUAGAAGAAGCUAUUAGAAGAAGUCUUGAGGAAAUGUAAUUACAGAUAUUACCACACAACAUCAAGUGGCCUUGAAGAUUCUCAGGAUAAUGAAUGUUUGAGUUUGUUUUCUAAAGGAGCCCAGAAAUCUGCUAGUACAGAUGUAUUUGAAACUUGGUUUUUUGGCGUUCCCAUAACCAAAAUAUGGUACUUGCUUUGUAUUUAAAGCUCUUUCAGAAAAAUGUGCAGGUGAAUAGAAUACCUACAAAUAUAAAUUGUGUAUUCUAAAAUGUAAACAGUUUCUAAGAUAACUAAAUUUAUAUUUAGCUUAAAGUUUUUCAGAAAAUAGAAAAGCUCUUGACUAUAGCUUACUUGUUUUCUUAAUUGUAUCAGAUCUUUCAUGCUAUUUGUAUGGUACAGAUGCUUCUGUUUCGGUUUUGUUUUUUCAGAGUGAGAAUGAAUGUAAAUAAAGCCAUACCAGCUCGAUAUUUCUAUAAAUUCUAUGUGGCAGUAAUAUACACCAUGGCUAUUUAGAAGAAAAUAGUGAAAAAGAAUGAUAAAAACAGAUUUAAAAAAUAUAUCACAGUGUUCUACAGUGUACUGCUUUUUGAGUAGAACAUUUCUGGAAUAAAAGGACACAACCUGUUAUUUUUUGAAAUAAUUAAAAAUAAUUUUCUGUUUUUUACCUGCUUAAAUUUUGAUGUGACUUGUAUUAUUUACAGCUUAAAGGGGUUUAUAUAAAAGUAUUUGCAUAGAAUUAAACUUAUUUUUAAUAAUGCGUCCUUUUUAUGUAUUUGUAUAAGUAUAUAACCUCCAGAAAUAUUAUUGAGUGUCCACUCAGGAAUAAUCUUCGUGACACUUCAAAGUUUUUAUUUCAUUUGAAAUUUAUCUUCAUUUUAGUUAUUCAUCAGUUUUCAGUAUCCAGCACUGGGUUUUACAUAUUUAAAUUUCAAAGACUGAACCCCUUUGUGUAAUUGGUAGAACAUAAUUGCGUCAUUAGGGUGGGAGUGUGGCUGAGGAAUUAGAACACAUCUCUCAUGUGUGUGUUUCUAGGUUUGAUCCCUGGCUUGCCAUGCAUACACAAAAUCACAUAAUCAGAUUAAGAUGAGCUUCUCAUACUGUUUCGUGUGCUUGUUUCUUGUUGUUGACCAGAAAUGUCAUCUCUUUAUAUUUUUUUUGUAAUUACCAAACAACAUUUUCUACAAGUUCAAUUUUUA